AUGGACACUUUGGAGAUUCAUUCCAAAGACUUCCUUGUCAAAUGGAUCCACGCUGUCGACAAUUCUUCUAUUGUGUGGCAAGUCAAACCGUUGAAGAAGUCGAUCAACUUCUCCAUCUACAAGCGAGCGACCAUUAGCGAGAAUGACUCACUGAAUGAUAACAGCGCAACUCAUGACGAUCUUGAUGAUGAUCAGGUUCAGGAAAGUACGGCUCACUCCAAUGGUCCAUUGAAUGAGCAAGCGUCCGACGUGUCCCGCUUGAGGUCAGGUUCUGUCGCCUCGGUGAAUCAAAUCACGCAGCUGAACUCUCUCAGAAAUAAAUCAAGAUCUACGACCUUCUCAAACAGCUUGAAUGGCUCCAACUUGGUUCUUGUGAAGGACUAUUACAAACUUGUCCCUGGUGAGCUUGUAAGAGGGCACUUCAAUGUCGAAAAGGAGGGAAUGUAUGCUUUCAUUUUUGACAACUCUUUUUCAAAGGCUGUCAGCAAGAAAGUUUUGUUUAGUGCUAAACUUGUCAGCAAUGUCGACACGUCGUCUAUCCCAGUUUCUGAAGAAGGUGACCAUUUGAGAGAGCCACUGGGGGUGACGGGGGAUACCUCUGGUGGAAACCGCCGCAUGCAGCUGCUGGAUGGUGAGGUCAUGAUGACUACGUUUCUCAAAAGGAGAAGAAAAAAGCUUCAGGGUUUUACCAAGAGAACCUUUGUGUUAGAUCUCAAGUACAGCACAUUAUCGUACUUUAAACUCAACGACAAUAAAUUGAGAGGCCAGAUGCCAAUCAUCCACUCUAUUGUCAGUGCAAAUGCAAAAACUAGGGAAAUUUUCAUUGAUUCUGGAAUGGAAGUCUGGGAUCUCAAGGCACUCAACCAAGAGGACUUUGAGGCUUGGGUAGAUGCUUUUGACAAGGUAAAGAAAGGCUCUUAUGAGGGCUCCUCAGAAAAGCCGACAUCCUUUAAACCUAUUGACGGAAGUACAACCGCCGGUAUUCCUCAACUCAGUGAAAUCAACCAGCAAUUGACAAACUUGUUGAAGGGAAGUCAUAAUAUGAGCCGUGAUCAGCUAGAAUUCCGGUUGCAAGAAAUCUCAACUAGCUUACAAUAUUUGACUACGUCGAAGAGUCAGAUUGAUGGCGAAUUGACCCCAGUUCUUUCGAACUCUGAAUUCUUUGAUGCCGAAGAAACAUUGGAAACAUCAUCUCGAGGUGUGGUUUUGAUGGAUGGUGCUGACCGCAGGCAACAAUCGGAGGAUGAUGAUGAGGAAGAGCAUGAGGAGUCCGAUCUGUCUUCAGAUUCAGAUUCGGAGGAUCUUCCCGCUCCCUCUGUAUCAAAAGCUGACGCUACCCCACCUCAUGAGGGCGAGGAUAUGGACGGUCCUCUUUACCCGUUGCCUUUGGAUCCAAUCACUAGGGAUCCAGAUAUUCCAGUUUGCGAUCAUGAGCCACCAAACUUACUCUCCUUCGUCAGAAAAAAUGUUGGGAAAGAUCUCUCUUCCAUCGCGAUGCCUGUGAGUAUGAAUGAACCCAUCAAUAUACUCCAAAAGUAUGCUGAGCAAUUGGAGUACUCUGAGAUGAUCGACAAUGCACUUGAUGGAACCUAUCCCGAGGACUCCGGUGAGCUCAUACUUAGAAUUGCAGCCUUUGCCGUGAGCAAUUUGUCUUCGUUUCGAAAAAAGGUCAGAAGCAUUCGGAAACCCUUCAAUCCACUUUUAGGAGAAACCUUCGAAUUGGUGAGAGAGGACAAAGGCUUCAGACUCAUUAGUGAAAAAGUUUCGCACAAGCCGCCAGUCUUUGCAGUGUUUGCGGAGUCAGAUCAGUGGGCAUUUGGCUUCUCUGCUUCGCCAUCUCAGAAAUUCUGGGGUAAGACGUAUGAAGUGAGCACCAAAGGUACAAUGAAACUUUCUAUUAAGUCCACAGGUGAAGUUUUCACCUGGUCACAACCCACUAGUCUUUUGAAGAAUAUCAUCGCUGGAGAAAAGUACACGGAGCCAUCUCUGUCGAUCGUUAUCAAAUCCAGCUCUGGUCAGAAAGCAGUGGUUGAUUUCACGAAGGGUGGCAUGUUCAGUGGUCGGUCUGAGGAUCUCACAAUCAAGGCUUACAACUCUGCCAAGAAGCAGUUGCCUUACACGGUUGUUGGAAAAUGGACAGAGAGCAUGGUUCUCAAAACAAAUAAUACGGAAAAAGAGAUUUGGACUGCUGGGAACCUUCUUCCACAAUGUGAGAAGAAAUUCGGAUUCACAGAGUUUGCGGGUACUUUGAACAAAAUAACGUCCAUUGAGAAGAACAAUCUUCCUCCAUGCGACUCGAGAUUGAGACCAGAUAUGAGGGCUUAUGAGGUGGGCGAUGUCUCCAAAGCCGAAGAAUUGAAGAUUCAAUUAGAAGAAGACCAAAGGUCGCGCCGUGCAGAAAUGGAGCUGGCUGGCAAGACCCACAAGCCCUUGUUCUUCAAGCAAGUUGGAGACACUUCCCAAGCUGAUACUGGAGAAUGGAUUUACGAUGCGGGCGUCAACAGCUAUUGGAAUAGGAGAUCAAAACAGAACUGGAGUGGUGUCCAGCUGUUGUGGUAA